AUAGAGACCCUCAAAAUACGAUCAAAACCACUCCACUCUGACUCUCCUUGUAAUAACUAUUUUUAGGGUUCAAGUUUCACCAAAUUAGGGAUUCUCGAUUCUCUCAGAAACUUUGUUUCUCUGUUGAAAUUAACCUAAAACUAGGGUUUCAUUUCUGGGUUUUAGAAUGGAUAAGUUGAAGUUAACUGGAUUGGGUGAAAGAUUGAAAACUAGUGGAGCUCAAAUGGGGAGAAUGGUUAGUGGUAAAAUGAAGGAAAUUUUACAAGCACCAACACAGGAAUCAAAAGUUGUAGAUGAAGCUACAUCAGAUAAUCUAGAAGAAGCAAACUGGGGUUUGAAUUUAAGGAUAUGUUCUUGGUUAAAUUCUGAAGAAUUUAGUGGUACUGAAGUUGUUAGAGCUAUCAAGAAGAAAAUCAGUGGUAAGAAUACUGCUAGCCAGAGAUUAAGUCUUGAUUUGUUAGAAACUAUUGCUAUGAAUUGUGAGAAAGUUUUUUCUGAAAUUGCAUCUGAGAAGGUUUUGGAUGAGAUGGUUAAGAUGAUUGAUAAUCCACAGACUCAUCAUAGUAAUAAAUUGAGAGGAUUGCAGUUGAUUAGGGCUUGGGGAGAGUCUCAAGACCUUGCUUAUCUUCCUGUGUUUCGACAGACUUAUGAGAGUGUGAAGGGAAGAGCGAUACAUGUAGAACCAAAUUCUGCAACUCCGUAUUCUACAUUGGAGUCAGAACUUGAACAAGAACGGCUAAAUCCUCCUGAAAGAUAUCCUAUGCCUGCUAUGGGUAUGGACACCCUUGAAGAUACCGAUAUCCCAUAUCAGAACGGCGGUAUUUCAGAAGAGGGAAAAAAAGAAUUUCUCGAAAUUACUCGAAAUAGUAUUGAAAUUCUCUCUAGCAUGUUGAAUGAGGGAGAACUGAAGCCCAUUGAAAAGGAUGAUGAUCUGAUGGCAAGCAUGGUGCAGAAAUGCAAGCAAUCUCAACCUUAUAUACAGAGGAUGAUAGAAACUACCACCAAUGACGACGGGUUUCUUUUUGAAGCUCUAAACCUUCACGACAGUCUUGAACAAAUCCUUUCCAAGUAUGAAAAGAUGGAGACUACAGUUGAAGAGACAGAAAUAAUCCACAAGGUAUCUGAGCUGUCCCAAACUACCCCUGAGGCGUCCCAGACUACCCCUGAGGUGUCCCAGACUACUAUUCCUGAGGUGUCCAAAACUACUCAUGUGGGAACUUCAACUGAUGGCAGUCAGGUUGAGGUCACAGCUGGUGAGGCUGAAAAGUUAGAUUCAUUGAAAGGGCAGAGCACUGAGGAUAAAACAGUGGAUGAUGAAGGCAAGAAAUCAACUUGAAUAUCCUUGUUACCUUGGAAUCAACGGUUCAAUUUUAUGUUUGUGUCUGUGUACAGAUCUGUGUUCAUUAGAGAUUAUUUUGUGGCGAAAGAACAUGGUGUUUGUAUUUAAGCUAGUUAUUUCUCAACACAGUAUGUUUUUCUUCUUAAUUUUUGUUUGAAUAUUUCUUUCCACUA